UCUAUUUCGAUCUCUUCGCAAAGAAAAGAGAGAGAGAGAGAGAGAGAGAUGAGGAUGGGCUUCUUCGAGGCUUGAGAUCAGCUCAAACCCUAGCCCAAAAUCGAGAUCUUUGCAACUCUAGCUUCAAUUCAAGCCUUAGAUCGAGCCGGCCGGCGGGGGAGCGAUGCCGGCGACACAUUCGGAUCUGGACCGGCAGAUCGAGCACCUCCGGGAGUGUAAGUACCUCCCUGAGGCCGAGGUGAAGGCCCUUUGUGAGCAGGCGAGGGCGAUCUUGACGGAGGAGUGGAACGUCCAGCCUGUUCGUUGCCCUGUCACUGUGUGCGGCGACAUCCAUGGCCAGUUCCAUGAUCUCAUCGAGCUCUUUCGUAUCGGCGGCGAUGCUCCGGAUACCAACUAUCUUUUCAUGGGUGAUUAUGUUGAUCGCGGAUACUAUUCUGUGGAAACUGUCACACUUUUGGUGGCCCUGAAAGUUCGUUAUAGGGAGAGGAUUACAAUUCUAAGAGGCAAUCAUGAGAGUCGCCAAAUAACACAAGUAUAUGGUUUCUAUGAUGAAUGCUUAAGAAAAUAUGGCAAUGCAAAUGUGUGGAAGUAUUUCACUGACCUUUUUGAUUAUUUACCCCUUACAGCUCUUGUUGAAAAUCAGGUAUUUUGCCUGCACGGUGGUCUCUCUCCAUCCCUGGAUACAUUAGAUAAUAUUCGUGCACUUGACCGUAUACAGGAGGUCCCUCAUGAAGGACCCAUGUGCGAUCUUCUUUGGUCUGAUCCUGAUGAUCGUUGUGGAUGGGGAAUAUCACCAAGAGGAGCAGGCUACACAUUUGGGCAAGAUAUUGCCCAAAAUUUUAAUCACACAAACGGCCUUACUCUUGUGGCUAGAGCUCACCAACUUGUUAUGGAAGGUUUUAAUUGGUGUCAGGAUAGGAAUGUUGUGACCGUAUUUAGCGCACCAAACUACUGUUACCGCUGUGGCAACAUGGCGGCGAUUCUGGAAAUCGGGGAGAACAUGGAUCAAAACUUCCUCCAGUUCGAUCCGGCCCCAAGGCAGGUCGAGCCAGACACUACUCGGAAGACACCCGACUAUUUUUUGUAAUCUGUUACCGACAAGUGUUGGCAAUGGUGCUUGUUUAUUACAGAGUGCUCUAUUGUUUUGUCUUAGUAAAAAAGAGUAGUUUUGUUAUGUGGAGAGAUCAUUCUUUUGUUGGGAGAUUUCAUAACUGCUGCUACUGAUGUUUUCCAUUACCCUUUUCUUUAUCAUCAUAUGAACUCUCCAAGAGCUCUUCUUGUGACUUCGGUUUUUCCCUUGUGCAAAAAAAGGAAAAUCAGAAAUCAGCAUUGGCAAU